AUGGCUGCUGCGGCCGUGCUGAGGAAUCCAAGCUCCAGGCGUCUGCUUGGCUUCUCGUCCGCCUCCUCCUCCUACCACCUCUGCUGCCGUGGGGCGGUUAAAUCGACUGCGGGACUCCCGGGGAUCGACGGUGCGUCAACCGGCUUCAAUGGGAGGGAUCUCGAGGCGGCAGCGGGGUUCUUGUCCCGGUCCAUGGCUACUUUCACGAGGACGUAAGUGGGAGGGUUUGUUCAGGCGAUAUUUUAUUGUCCCGAUGAUUCAGCAGUUAAUAGGGACUAAUGAGCUUGAUGAGUUUUUUGCGUAGCUCGGGAUGGGAUUUCACCAUGGGGAUACUCGGAGUGAUCCUCUUUCCUUUUCACGUCUUCCGAUCUCCUUUUUCCGUCCGAAAGAUGUGCUUACCUGCCGCAUUGCGUCCAUCGGCUCGUAGAGAGUGUAGAGGCGUAGUGCUGACCUUCGUCUUAUUUGACAUUGAUCUUCUAUGUUGUUUGAUUACGUCUGCAGUAAGCCUCAUGUAAAUGUCGGGACGAUUGGACAUGUCGAUCACGGGAAGACAACAUUGACGGCUGCGAUCACAAAGGUUUGACUAUUUCUGAUGGUCGUAGUUUCUUUACUUUUUCUUACUUUUCGCCUUUGCAUGAGGGGCCAUUCUACAUCAUGAUCCUUGCCUUCUGAUUUUGCUUAACAGUUCCUGAGUUUCAUUUCAUGACACUAUUCUCCAGGUUUUGGCUGAAGAAGGUAAAGCAAAGGCAGUGGCAUUUGAUGAGAUUGAUAAAGCCCCUGAGGAGAAAGCUCGAGGAAUUACCAUUGCCACUGUAAGUUAGUCUUCACAUUUGGUAUGAAAAAAUUCUUUCGUAUGCUACCCAUUAUGUCCAUAAUUAAAAUAUUAUUUUAUAGGCGCAUGUGGAGUACGAAACCGCAAAACGCCACUAUGCUCACGUGGACUGUCCAGGACAUGCGGAUUAUGUGAAAGUAAGUUGCUCAUUAUUCCUGUUCUGGACAAAUGUCAGGCGUUAAUGAUCUUGGGGAAAGUAAGUACGCCAAAUUAUUGUCACACUUUCGUGGUAUCUCUGAGUCUGAAUCAGUGCCUUGAGAUCUCUGUAAAGCCUGUAAUAACCCACAAAACAAGCUUUAUCACUCAUGCGCUUAGCACAGGUUAUUAAACAAUGCUUCUCUGCUGCUUAUUGAGUUAACUGAAAUGCUUUUCUAUUGUUCCAACAUUAUCAGCUACCCUCAAUGAAUUUAAGGCUCAAACAAUUUAACCUGGACAGAACGGAAUUAUAAUGGGAUGAUUAUUCUUUUAAACGUAAUUCUACUUAUGGUUUAAUUUUUGGCGUUCAUUUUUUCAGAAGAUUGGUGUGAUAAACAUUUCUUGUUCUUGGAUUUUCUGAAAAAUGCAAUUAUACCAUUAUCGAAAUGCUACAAACAGUCCUGAGAAGAUUUCAAUGCAGUAAAACUAUUUACUACUAACAAACUGAACGUCAUUGUUCUGAAUUCCAGAGAACAGAAAGACAAACAGAUGUGUAACAUCAUGCACUGAAAUUGUGCAGCUGGACUAUAAUUGUGCCUCUUGAGAACGAUAUCUAUUUGUUUUCAUUUAUAAUAUCAAACAUUCAAAACGUUUUUUACAUUGGGUUACCGAGAGUGCUCAUUCUGCUACAGCUUGCAUUGCAUGUCAAGAGUUGUUGGCGUCUCAGCCAUUGAUUAGUGUAGUUCCUUGUUGGACUAGUAAGGCCCUAUUUGGAGGGUGGUUUAUUUUCCCAAGAGAUAACAUCUAAAAACUUGAUAUCCCCUUUAUGAACGGCCUGAUGAUAGAAGAAAAAAACCAUCAGAAAAUCCCCCUUUGAGGCUAUUCUGUAAUGGACUCUACACGUCUUCCAUGAUUAUGGAUCCUCCUACCAGUGCGUUGUCCUGUUCGCUGUGUAUGAGAAGUUUUCAUUUUGCCAAACCCGGUUUAUUGGUGACCACUGGAUGGUAAAACCAACAUUUCUCAUCUAACAGGGAUAAAUGUUUGAGUGGUCAUAGUAGGGUUAUGUUCGUAGUUAGGUUCACUUGGCAGGGUGCCUUGUUUUCAAAACCGAAUUUGCAUCCUGGGAAGCAUGGAAAAUUACUCUGAUUUGGGUGGUUGUUUGUGUUGUGUUAUGGGUCAACUAGGUAAGUGGAUAGGAAGGUAGGUAGGACUGGAGAGGACUUAGAGACAAUCGUAACCAGAAAUUAAAAAGAUGUUUGAUAGCGAAUUAGAUGAGAGGUUCAUAAAAGGAUUGACAUGAUUAUACUUUGAACCUGUGGGUAGAGACUUGUAGCUGGCAAUCUUGGAGCAAACUGCCCACCAACUCUAUUCCUGUUGGAGAUGUAGAGACCCCACAGCCUAGAGGACGCUAAUGAUAAAAGUGGACGAAUUAGCCCUCAGCUUAGUGCAUUGAGGCCCUGAUUCACGACCCUCUUGCAGAAAGAGCUAGGCGAAAAUUUUCAUUUAAAAGAUAGUUUUUUUCUUUCUUUUUACAUCAAUUUCAGCCUCCUAGUUUUGGGAUAAAUCAGUGAAAUCGGUUGGAAUAGCCUAGGGUCUUUAAUUAAACUUAGAUACUCCAAGAACGGCCAAACUAGUCAAAAAUAGACCUGGACUUACUGACCUACUAAAAUCAGCAGAAGAAAUCCCUAUUACAUUCUUCACUAAGUCCAGCCAUGUGCAUCCUUUGAGUGUAGAACUUCACCAGUGUCAAUGUCCUUUCUUGAUAAGCAAUUAGGUCUCUUUAUGAUAUUGGGGUUGUAAAUGAGAUGUUGGGAGGUUUCAUAGUCAAUUUAGGGUGAUAUUUCUUAUUGGAACUAAGUUUGUUGAAAUAGGUUCCAAUGUGAUUGGGAGAAUGUGUGACCUAAACCCCUGCAAUUUAUCCCGCCCUUCUCCCUUUCAAGUACCAACCCUUGUUAAUUGAGUUGUUGAAUAUCCUGGACCUUGCAACCCUGAUUGACUGCCAACCCCUCUCCCUUCCGGGUACCAACUCUUGGUAACUGAGUAACUGAGUAACCUGGACCCUUGCUUUAAACCCUAGCCCUCUCCCACCAACCCGCCAUUAGCCACCUUAUGCACACAAAGAGAAUAAAUGAUAAAGGAUAUUAAGUACUUUUGAAUUUUUUUUAUGAGCCUAUUGAAGAAUCUACUUCUGUUGAUUGGGAUGUUAAACAUCAAAUAGUAAGAAUAUUCGAUAUGCACCAGUCAAAACGAGUGUGAUUGGAUGCUUCACUCUGAUAUGGUCUAGCCCAUAUUUUUUGCAUUGUUGAGUUGGUUGGGUGAGCCAACUGAAUAUUUUAUUCUUUUGUACAUAAGUUGGAAUGAAAGUAUCUCACGAGAGAUGCAAACGUCUCACAGUUUGCUGUUCCUCAAAAGGAUUGAAGCAUUUUCCUUUUAUUUUACAUUUAUCAGUUAUAAUUUUUCCGGCUGCUUGAUGUAUUUUUGUUGGAUGGUCCUAAAUCUCUUACAUCGUGAAUGCUUUAUGUGGCUGCAGAACAUGAUUACUGGUGCUGCCCAAAUGGACGGUGGCAUCCUUGUUGUAUCAGCACCUGAUGGACCCAUGCCUCAAACAAAAGAGCACAUUUUGCUUGCUCGCCAGGUGACUAAUCUCCACGAGUGCUGAAUUUUUGGCAAAUGCAUCCUCGUGUUUGAUCCCUGAGGAUGAACAUCCCUCUCUAAUAUUAUUUUCUUUCUCAGGUUGGAGUGCCGUCACUUGUCUGCUUUCUGAAUAAGGUUGAUGCUGUUGAUGAUCCCGAGUUACUAGAGCUUGUUGAGAUGGAACUUCGUGGUAUGUUGGUGACGACACUGUCCAAGGGCUACUAGAUUCUAUUGUCACUGCGGAAGACUGAUUUCAUAUUUUGUUGCAGAGUUGCUUAGCUUCUACAAGUUCCCUGGUGAUGAAAUUCCGAUUAUCAGAGGUUCAGCUUUGUCUGCACUAGAGGGUACCAAUGAGGAAAUAGGGAAGAAGGCGAUACUGAAACUGAUGGACGCUGUGGAUUCGUACAUUCCAGACCCCGUUCGUGUGCUUGACAAACCCUUCCUUAUGCCAAUUGAAGAUGUUUUCUCAAUUCAGGUGAUUACUUUUUAACAUGUCUUCCGGGUUAACUUUGUUAAGUAGCCGUCUGCUUUGCUAGUGCUUCGACAAGGCAUGAAUUUUGGACACAUGAAUAUAUUCUCUCAGUUCAGGCAACUCCAUAUUUACAUGAUACUGUGUUUAGGUUGUUAAAGGUAUCUGCAUUACUAGUAUCUUUAAAAGGGUGGAGAUAUCCGCCAAAAACUAAAAGUUCAUCGUCUGACAUUUCAUGUAGGGUGAUAACUAUAUUGCAAAUAGCUUGAACUUCUUAGGAAAACACCAUCCCACUCAAAGUUGUUGGUUCCUGAAGUGCAUUGAUGGAGACAAAAGCACGUGUCAGAUUUCAAUUGAUUUAUUUAAUAAACUUUCAUUUGCAUGAGAUUUCAAGUAAAAUAAAUUCUUUUAGUUCUGUCCAUCUUGAUGUUUCUGGAUCAUCCUGUGUUUGUGGUAUCAAGUUCGUGGAAUGUAGUGGCAGAUUGGUAGAUGGAACACUCGCAUCAGUAUGGAAUGAGACUUGUACUAUCAUCACAUUGUUGGGGAAUGAAGAGCAUGAUCUGCAGAAUCAAAUUGGAAGGUAGUUGAAUUGGCUGGGGUCAACUAACAUUGUAUUAAGAAAUCCCAAUCAAGGCUGGUUUUCAAUCAUGAGAUGAGAGUUCUCAUUCCACGUUGAAGAUAUUUUACCCAGUUGAGAGUUGUUUAGGUAGGAUGUUGCCUACUAACUAGGAUGAUGAGGACGUUUGCAAUGAUGAAACCAAAGGAUGAAGCCCCACCUGCCACAAUGCUUUGCCGAACAGGGGGGGGGUAGGUCAAAGCGGGGAAGCUUCAGAGCUAGGCUGUGCAUGGGAGUUUUGUCAUCUGAGAAUGAAGAACGUCGUUGCCCAAUUCAGGAAGCCUCACCACUUAGAUACUGGAUCAAUUCAAGGAGGUUGAAGGACUGCUGUGUACGUGGAAUAGCAACGGAUGACUGAGCUAGCAGCAUGCUGGACCAGGAAAGACCGUUGAUCAGUGCACAAAUUACUGCUGGAACUUUUGGUCACCAUUGUCCUAGAUGAUGGCAGGUGAGAAACAAAGAAGCAUACAGAGGAAAAUACCUCAUUCCUCACAGAAGAAGGAACAGUGGGGGAGCCCGACGGAUGUUCCUAGUCGAGGAAGGAGAGCUCCUGUCGCCCAACAGUGGCUUGGCAAACGAACUGAAUGUUAGUGGCCAGACAAGAAUGGGUGGUAUCUGCAAGGUGAGAUUACUGGAAAAUCACCACUGGCAUUAGACAGGCUGAAAGUUUCAGGAGAAGGUAUAAGGUGGAGAAUAUUAGAAGAAUGCUAUUAUCUCUUACCAUGCCAAUGGAAAUUUUAAAUGGACAUAAUGGCUGAUUAAAGGGUCAAGAAAAGUACUGAGAGAAAAAAUCAAGCCUACGCAAUGCAAAAUUGAAAAAUAAAUUGGGGGAAAAACAUUUUAAACAUUUUUUUCAUCUGGAAUGGAUUUUUGGUGAUUUAUCACUUGUUCUUUCAAAGGUAAUGAUUGCGAGAAUCAUGGUUGAGUCUUCUUCCAUUUACUAGAAUAUUUAUUGAUAAUCCAAUUUGAUAUUCAGAAAAUCUGUUUCCAUCCUUUGCUGGAGGCCCUUUAGUUAUGAGUAUAUUACCAUACCAUAGAUAUGUUAUUCCGGAUAGUUUUCUUGCCGCUUUACAGGGACGUGGAACUGUGGUAACUGGUCGAGUUGAACAAGGUACCAUCAAAGUUGGAGAAGAUGUUGAGAUCUUAGGAUUGACCCAGGUAUGAGUAACGGAUCUGUUUGUAACGUUCAUGAUCUUUUUCUGGUAGCUUCAAUGUCCACGUUUUGCCAAUCUGAGAUUACUGAAAUGUAAAUGUCUGUACACUCAUUUGUUUAAAAGUUUUAUUUUUCAUGUAGCCAAGGAGAUCAUGGACACUGGUGUUGUGUCAUGUGCUCAUGUUUUUCGUUUUCAAUUGCAGGGCGGUCCCUUUAAGACUACUGUAACAGGUGUGGAGAUGUUUAAAAAGAUUCUGGAUCAUGGACAAGUAUGUGCGCGAUUUGGAGAAGCAUCGUUAUUUUCUAAGCUUUCCAAUAUUAUAUUGCUUCAUUAACUGGAAUUAUCUUAUUUGAUGUAGGCUGGUGACAAUGUAGGCCUUCUUCUACGUGGUCUAAAACGUGGAGAUGUGCAACGUGGGCAGGUGUGCCAUUGUUGUACCCUAUUGUCUAAGAAAAGACUGGUUCUCGAAAUGCUCAGACUUAGUUCCUUCAAUCGCCAUGCUAUGGCUGGCCAUGAAUUUUGGCGAUGUGCUUCAUUGUUUUCAUAUUACUUUCUACGUUUCUAUUCUUGAAUGAAUGAUUUAUAUACCGCUGUUCGGCCUUCCUUUUACAUCUUUCUUCUUUGAGAUUGCAGGUGGUCUGUAAGCCUGGUAGCUUGAAAACGUAUAAAAGAUUUGAAGCUGAGAUUUAUGUGCUUACAAAAGAUGAAGGUGGCCGCCACACAGCUUUCUUCUCUAACUACAGGCCUCAGUUUUACAUGAGAACCGCAGAUAUUACUGGGAAGGUGGAACUGCCUGAAAAUGUGAAGAUGGUUAUGCCUGGCGAUAAUGUGACCGCCAUUUUUGAACUUAUACAACCUGUUCCACUUGAAGCAGGUAAAUUCUUCAAAAGACCAUCUGUUUUGCAAUGUUAAAAACUAAUUUAUCCUGCUUAGGAUCGAUUAUUAUUAUGUCGGUCCAUUAAAUGACUUUGUUUUCUACUGUUACUCUCUAGAAUAAGUUUGGAGGCCAUUUUGUUACCGAAAUAUUUUGUGAAGCUGAAAUAUUACGUUAAAUCUUUAUGCUCAUAUUUAGUAUGAUUGCUUGUCCUUUGAAUUUAGCACACGUUGAUUGAUUGUAUUUCAUACAUCGAAUGAAAUGGGCCGAGGAUUUGUUUUAAUCGUUGCCCUCAGUGCUCCUCUGGCUUGAACGCAUAAUAAUCUUCGUGCUCUCGUACUCUGCAGGGCAAAGAUUUGCGCUGCGUGAAGGUGGGAGGACAGUUGGUGCGGGAGUCGUCUCCAAGGUCAUCAGCUGA